AUGCAUUACGAAAAUUUGAUAUCUUUCUUAGUUACAAUCGUAACAGUUCCUAUAUUUCUUAUAUUGAUUAGAUUAGUAUAUAUACUAUAUGGAGAUCCACCAAGAAGGGUUGAGAAUGUUUCAAUUUCAGUGUUUUUGGGAUCAGGUGGUCAUACUGGUGAAAUGUUAGCGUUAAUUUCCAAAUUGGAUUUGAAGAUAAGUACUUAUAUAUGUUCAGAUGAGACAUCUAAAAAUAAGGUUAAAGAUAAAGGUGAAGUGAUAUAUAUUCCUAGGGCAAGACAUGUUGGACAACUGUAUUUUACAAGCAUUUUUACUACAUUACAUUCAUUUAUCAUAUCAUCUAUACUUUUAUUAUUCAAUUGUCCUUCUGUUUUAUUAUUAAAUGGGCCUGGAACAAGUGUACCUAUUGCAUAUAUAAUUUUCAUUUAUAAAUUUUUAGGAAUUUGUUCAACUAGAAUUAUUUAUAUUGAGUCAUUAGCCAGGGUUGAGAAAUUGAGUCUAAGUGGAUGGUUACUCCUACCUAUUACAAACAGAUUCAUAGUUCAAUGGGAUAAACUAUAUCAAAAAUAUAAUAAAGUUGAAUAUUAUGGGAUUUUACUAUGA